UGACUGUAAAUUGAUGUGCAAGGAAUUCAACUUGAGAAGGCAUUUAAAGACGACUCAUGGACGCAGCAAUCAAUGUCGUCGUUGAAGCUUUUUCACAGUGAAACGCUACCUGCAGGACAAAUCUGUCAAUCAAAGGGGCAUGGCCAUAUAAAUAUCAUCAGCGUGGAGUCCGACCCCAGCCUCAGUCGCCUUCACAUCUCAGAUAGGACUAACAGGCUCCUGUGUGGAUUACAGCAGCUAUGGCACCUUUGGAUCUCCUUCCAGCCUUGGUUCUGUUCGUGUGCUGUCAUAUUCCGUGUGCAUUGGCUUGGACAGUGAAUAAUUUCCUCAUGACUGGGCCUAAGGCUUUUCUGACCUAUGCAAGCAGUGUGCAGUUGGGCGCACAAAGUGGAAUUCAUGAGUGUAAACACCAGUUCGCGUGGGAGAGAUGGAACUGUCCAGAGAACACACUCCAGUUAUCCACACACAACGGCCUGAGAAGUGCCACAAGAGAAACAUCCUUUGUCCAUGCCAUUAGUGCAGCCGGGGUGAUGUACACACUCACCAAGAACUGCAGUAUGGGAGACUUUGACAACUGUGGCUGCGAUGACUCCAGAAUUGGACAGACAGGUGGAAGAGGGUGGAUCUGGGGUGGCUGUAGUGAUAAUGUGGCGUUUGGAGAGAAGAUUUCCAAACAGUUCGUGGACGCACUGGAAGGUGGGCACGACUCGCGCGCAGCAGUCAAUCUGCAUAACAAUGAAGCAGGCAGACUGGCGAUUAAAGCAACCAUGAGGAGAGCCUGCAAGUGUCACGGAGUAUCUGGGAGCUGCAGCAUCCAGACUUGCUGGAUGCAGCUGGCAGACUUCAGGGAGGUGGGAAACUACCUGAAGGUUAAGCACGAGCACGCAAAGAAGCUGGAGAUGGACAAGAAGCCAGCAAGAGCCGGGAACAGCGCGGACAACAGAGGAGCCAUUGCGCACACUUUACGCAGCAUCGCCCGGACGGAGCUCAUUUACCUGGAGGAUUCUCCGGAUUACUGCGUCAAGAACCAGAGCCUGGGGUAUCAAGGCACGGAGGGCCGGGAGUGUUUGAAGGGUGAUAAGAGUAUGGGGCAUCGGGAGAAAAAGAGCUGCCGUAGGCUGUGCCAUGAGUGCGGACUCCGAGUGGUGGAGAAGCGCAUUGAGGUUGUCAGUAGCUGCAACUGCAAGUUUCACUGGUGCUGCACAGUCAAGUGUGAUAAAUGCAUGCAGGUUGUAACUAAAUAUUACUGCGCACGCAGAGAGGGCGGAAGAAAACCGCAUAAUAAAAUAAGGCGCAGACACCGUGCGCGCCGGCAAUGAUUGCCUUUCGCUACAAAGACUAUUUGAUCAGCAUCCUCAUCACUUCUCAUUACAGUGUGGACAUUACUGAACGUGAAUCCUCUCAUUCAUUUUGUUUUAUCGCCUUAAGCCGUCCAUGCACUUUAUUUGAUGGAAUUCAUUCUUUAAAAAUCACUUUAGGACUUAGAGGGCUGAUCUUGAUGUUUAGAGAUGGGAGGUCUGAUUUAUUGUUUGU